AUGGACGAAACCCCACCCCAGAAACAAAGCCAAUCCCUCACCUCCCUCCCCACAGAGCUCCACCUCCACAUCUCAUCCUACCUCCCCUACCCCGACGCCCUGGCCCUAAAACACACCUCGCGCCACUUCUACGCCCUCGUCUACACCGGUGUCCACCUCAAAGUCGACUGGUUCGUCGAGCGCUUCGAGCGCAAGCUUGAAUGUCCCAUGGAGAAGUGCUCCUUCCGCACCGACGAGGCGUUCUGUAACCUGCGCAUCCGCCGCAUCAUGGAGCGCAGACGACGGCAUCUGGAGUGUCCGCGGCGGGCCGGGGGUUGUUUGGUGGUCGGGGGCAGGACGUGUCAGGCGGAUUUGGUUCCGGGUUGGCUGAAGGGGAAGGGCGGUGUUGGGGUGGUUCUGGUGUAUGGGAAUGAGGUUUUGGUUCUUGGGGGGUUCUUUUUGGUGGUUUAUUUGUUGUGGGGGUCGUUUGGGUGGUUUUCUGCGUGA